AUGCAGCAGUCGCAGCCGCAAUUCCGAGGACGCUGCGCCGACGCUCUAUCUACGCUCAUGUUGACGCGCCUCACUGAGUUGCGUUCUUUGGAUCUUGGGGCCGGCUUCCUGCGCUACUCAUUAUUCUUGCCGCAGCUACUAAAGAGGACGGACUAUCUAUUUCCGAAGCUACGUCAUGUCGUUCUAGGAGACAAAUGUCUUGAUCCUACCACGAGUGUAUCGUACAUGGACCUUAACCUCAUACGACCAACCUUCUACUCGUCCACAGUUACAGAGUUCGAGUGCUCUAUUUCACAACCAUGGCGCUUCCAGUGGCAGGAUUCGAAGACGCCACGGAGCAACACGUUGACCUCGUUGACUCUGUUUCGAACGAACAUCAGCAGAGCUACCCUAGGCGAACUGCUUUCUGCUACUCCAAAGCUGAGAUAUCUCCACUUCGAACAUGAGUUCAUCUUCAAUGCGGCAACUCCUACUGGCCCUUCGCUAUCCCCUUACCUUGGGCUUGACGAACUUAACACAGCUCUUUUCCCCAUAAGAGACACGUUGGAGGAGUGUCACUUCAUACUACGUCUUGGCCGAGGCUCUAUAUCCACGACCGAGUAUCCUCUCGCCAGCGUUCGAUUCCCAGCUGUGCAAGGCACCUUGACCAUGCUCAAGUUCAUGCCUCGAUUGGUGAAGGUAGAAGUGCCUAUGACAAUGUUGCUUGGCUGGUACCCGAAUUUCGCGGCUAAGCUUGAGGAAGUCUUGCCUCAUGGCAUCGUCGAUCUUACUCUCCGAGACGAUCUAGUACGCUACUGUCCAUGGGUUGCACCUCCGAACGCCGAGAAGAAGGUCAUGCGGAUCGGAGAGUACAUCAAGGGCCGGGCAUCUCAUGCGACGCAGCUUGAAUCUCUCAAGGUUCGCCUCACCUCAGCUAAGCGCUCGUUGGUGCACUCGGUUGGUGCGCUGAAUGUAUCGACCAGCGGCAGGGGAAGUAAUACCAGCCUUGUCCGUGGGAAGAAGUCAGAGACGUACGGUUGGCGUUUUGAGAAGGCGCAAUCUGUUGUGGCAAGUCCGACAACACCAUGCCACACAGCGAGGAUGGACAGCGUGUUCCGCCCAAUGUCCCCUUUGUUCGAGUCCUGCUGGCCUGAAGCGAACUUCUUUUGA